AUGCGCCUUAUCGAUGUGAAAGCCUUCCUCGACUUCGACGCAGGAAAAUCGGGGCUAGAAGCUCAGCUCCUUGUGGAAUUUGGUGGCGCCAAACUUGCGGAGAUCGCAUAUGCCAUUCUGUCUCACUGUUGGGGCGCUCCGAAGGACGAGGUGCAGUACACGGAGAUGGUGUCGCUGACGAACAUGGAUGCUCUCGCCAGAAACAAGAUACAACGACGCAGCGGAUAUCUGAAAAUCCGGAAGAGCUGCGAGCUGGCUCUUGAGGACCAUUUGGAUUGGCUUUGGGUUGAUACCUGCUGCAUCGACAGGCGGGGUAGUGCCGAACUUUCCGAGGCCAUCAACUCCAUGUACGUGUGGUAUGCGAAUUCAGACCGCUGCUAUGCGUUUCUCCAUGAUACCGAGGCCCUCUGCGCUUCCCACAGACCGCGACGACAAGUUUACAGAUGGUUCUCUCGCGGGUGGACACUCCAGGAACUCAUCGCACCUGUGAAUGUGCACUUUCUCAACCAGAAGUGGGAGUACAUUGGCGACAAGCAGGGCUGUGCACCUUCUCUGAGCGUCAUCACACGUAUUUCGGUUGAUGUGCUGGAGGAGGGUCUUGGUCGAACCAGCCCCAGUGUGGCGCAGAUUAUGUCUUGGGCGGCCGACCGGACGACAGCACGAGAGGAAGACCGGGCGUAUUCGAUGCUGGGGUUACUUGGUGUGCAUAUGCCUAUUCUAUACGGGGAGGGGAAGAACGCGUUCCUCCGCCUUCAGUUAGAAGUCAUACGGACGGUCAACGAUCAAAGUAUCUUUGCCUGGGGCUCGACGAUGAAUCAUGGCUGGUCCAGCAGCUUCCUGGCGGACGAUCUAAGCCAAUUUCGUGAUUGCUCUACCGUUGAAAACACGGACCGCGAUAAAUUCCAUCGUAUUCUCGGAAAGAGCCUGUCUAAGAGGGCCUUCCGCAGAGUCGCAUCUGCAGAGGAACGAAAUCGGACGUUUGCUGUGACUAAUGAUGGUAUUCACAUAUGGCUACCUCUCAGACUUCAUCAGCGUUCUACAGGCUCAGAGAUCUUCUCGGCGACGCUGUCGUGCUACGAUUCCCAGAAAGGAUCCGAGGCAAUGAUCAUUUUCAUCCAGAAGUACAAUUCCAAUUAUUCUAGGCUGUUUCGAGCUCCCUUACCGGCUGACGACGAGGGAAAGCAGCCAGUCAAGUUUCAAUCAGUCCUACUUCCUUACCGAAAGAGUAUCCAUCGAAAAGUCAGGGGUCCUUUAUCCCCACAGGCACGUUGCAAUUUCUCAUAA